AUACCACUUGUGAUGCGCCGUCUGCAUAAGUCUUGGUCGCGAGGAAGCUCAGGGUUGCAGUAGUACAUCAGUCUAUUUUCUUUCCAUAAUAAAGAAGACCAUCAUCCAUCUUUUGUUUUUGUUUUUAUUCUCCCCAAUUUCGGUUCAUUUCAGGCCAGUUGCAUGCAUUGUUCGUCUACCAAAAUGGUUUGCGAGACUAAAAUCGUUGCAGAAGAACACGAGGACAUAGCUGGUACCAAAAAAGAUUCAAUUAUAGUUUCCUCCUCGCAAAUGUGGACGUCUUCUUCGCCUUCUCCCAGUGCGUUCGAGAGUAAGGCUGAAAAACGGGACCAGGUUUUUAUUCGAGAGUUUGAACGUUCGGACCAUGAGGAGGUGCGCCGGAUCUUCACCGAGGGAAUCAUGGAGCGGAUACCCAAUUCGGCAUUUCGGGGUCUAAAACAGAAAACUAGAACCCAAUUUAUCUAUGCCUUACUCACAGUAAUGUGCUAUGUUAUGACCAAAUCCUACACACUGACCUUCUGCGCACCAUUUAUUCUAAUGAGUGCACGUUAUUACUACAGCAGAAAAGUCAUUCUCAACUACCUGGACUGUGCGCUGCACACCGAUAUGGCAGACAUUGAGGGAUAUUACAUGAAACCCACAGGCUCUUGUUUCUGGGUGGCAGUUCUGCAAGGCCAGGUUGUGGGCAUCGUGGCAGCGCAAGGCCGAGAAUAUGACAACACAGUGGAGCUCCGUCGCAUGUCAGUGGACUCUCGCUUUCGUGGAAAAGGCAUCGCCAAGGCUCUGGGUCGACGUGUUCUAGAAUUUGCCAUGUUAAACAACUACUCGGCUGUGGUUCUGGGCACAACAGCAGUCAAGAUGGCCGCCCACAAGCUGUACGAGUCGUUGGGUUUCCGGCGAGUGGGAGACACUGAGGACUACACGCUACCAGGGAUGACCCGUUCACCGCUGGAGAGGCUCUUCUUCCAGAUUCGCUACAGCCGGUACCAACUGCAGCUUCAUGAAGAGUGAGAGACAGAGAGUUAACAUGAGUGCAGAAGAUAGAGUAUAAACGACAGUGCUUCUUCUACCUAUUUAUUUAUGUUUUGGGCUUUUUUUUAAAAGUCCUAUCUGUUCCUACAACCUUUAUUUUUAUUCAUCUUCAUUUUUAUUCUCAUUUUCAUGAUCAUUGUUUUUUUAGCAGAACAUUUCAUCCCUUUGACCAGUGACCACACUGGAUGUUUCUCUUAUUCUUUCUUUUCAUGCUCACCUUGCCCUGAAACACCAUGAACAAAUGAAUAGCCCCAAUGAUUUAAUCUUGAUUGGAUAUAAAUGUAAAUGUGUUCACAGUUUAAGAAAACACAUAGAUCGAGGCAGCUAAAUUCUGCCUCUGACCUGUUUCUAAAGCAUUCUUAGGCUGAUCUACAGAGUAGCACAGACCAUCAUCAUAGUUCAUGAUCCAGUGGACACUGGAACUGGAGGGAAGGAGGUAGUAAAGUUUGAUCCACCUUUUCUGAGGCCACCUUCCUCCUGAGGAAGUACAUUUGAAACAUGCAAAAGCACCAGCCUGGUGGAGUCUCACAAUCCAUCGAAUUAAAAUUUCUCUUCAAAAGCACAGAAUUUUUAACUGUGUCAAACUGAUGAACAAAAAGAGCUAAAAAUGUUAUUUAUAUCCCUAAGCACCACUUGUAUAAUAGGUUGUGAUAACAACUUUGCAAUAUAAUCUUUGUUUUGUUGAGAAGGUUCCUAAUGCUGUACCACAAUAUCAACAAACGUCAGAAAUCACUAGAAAAACAUGAAUACUUGUAAUUUUUGAGAAAACCGUAGGGAAAUAAAUGUUUACCUACACUUAAUUUGGCUGAAAUUACAGUUACAGUAAGUGAAAUUUUAUGUUUACAGAAACAAGUGCUACAAAAAAUGUCAAUUGAAAUCUAAAAUAAAUAAAUAACUCGAAAUGUGAUUAUAAGAGUUUACACAUUACAUAUACUGUGAUAAUCUGUAUCCCAUAAUUGCCAUUGAUCCGAUUUUAGCACAUAUCUAUUUGUGAACCGAUUUAAUGAAGCUUUAAUAAUGACUUAAUUAAACUUUUGCAUACUUUGUGGAUCAUUUGGUGAAAAAAACUUAUCAAAAACCUACUGAAUUGUGGUCAUGCUUCCCAAUCUGUUAUUGCUCCUCCGAUGCAUAUUUAAAAUACAAAGCAAAAACAGCCAGAAUUGUAUUCAAAUUAAACUUGGGUGGCAUAAAAGCAGCAAUAUGAUGAUAAAACAGAAAUUAAUCUGAGCACACAUCUAAAUUUGGAUAAAUAUACCUAAAAAUUGACUGUAUACCUACAAAAUAUAUAAGGCUUUAUAUUCAGCAACUGUUCAAUAUGUAUAUGUAAAACGUUUGUAUACAUAUAUUAUGACAUAAUCUCUUUCUGUCUCUAUCCUCCUAACACAGUACCAGCACGGGGAGAGAUACAAACCAACAAUGAGCCUCAUCUGUGACAAUGUUGUAUAAAGUUAAGAAACUAAAUGUGAUUUAAAAUACAUAGUAGUAAUAUGUAGUGCAAAACAAACAAACAAACAAACAAAAAACAUAAAAACAAAUAAACAUGAACAUCGUCAGUUUUCCUCGACUUUAACCCCACCCCCAUCUGAAUAUCUCACUGCAACCCUGGGCCAGAUCUCUCCCUCCCUUUCGUCCCCACCCUUCAUCCCCACCCCCAUCUCUGCAUGCGCCACGGAGUCUUGUUGCGCUGCUUUUUUCCCAUUCUAGCUUGUACUAUCCCCAUACUUCCCUCCCUCUGUGAUGUCACAGUAGCAGUGCGGAGAGUUGUGGGCGUGGUUUAGAAUAUGAGAUGGGCGGGGUCAACCAAAUAAUAGGACUACCUACCAGCUUGCUGCUUCAUUGACAUCACAGCUGCCAAUAGUAGAAUGCAAGAGCAAUGCAAAUAUGUGGCAUGCCUCUGUACCUGGUUUGUGCGUACGGUGCCUGCCCUGGAAAAGAAGUAUAUUUAAAACUAUGUAAAACAAGCUUCUUUUUUUAAGUGAACAUAUAACAGAUACGUGUGUUUCAUUGUUUAAAGAAAUUGCUGUUGCAUGAAACGUCUUUGAAAGAAAAAUGAGCAAGAAAAUACCAUCUUUCACAUGGCAAGUCUUAAAAAGUGGAGCUGUUUCUUUUUAUAUUCCUCUGUUAUUUCGGUUCAUUCUAAACUUCUUACUGUCAUAUUUUAGGAUAUUGUGAGAUUUGAAAAGUAUUUAUCUGAAUGCGCUGUUUUGAUUACAGUUCAGUUACGUGACGCUUCUCACUUUACUUGAGGACGUCGCUAUUUUAGCCAUGUGGGUUGAAACGAAUAAGGCACUUAGAAAGCAAUUCUCACUAGACACAACUUUGCCAGUGUGUGCCGGUCAAAUUAAACAUAGCAUUCACCCGUUUCCCUUAAAAAGUGGUCAGCUACGCUGUGUUUGAAUGCACUUAACAUUCUUAAGAAAGGCUGAGACAAUUGAAUCCAUGAUGGGAUAUUUAAUCUCUCAGCACAAAGGCCAGUGUAAACCCAAAGCAAACAGGCUACAGAUCGCUUACCUGAGAUCUUGUGAAACAUUAGUGCUAAACUGUGAAAGGUUAAAACAAUCCACAAACACACAUAAUUAGAAGAGAUUAUGAAAAUAUACAAUAGCACAAAGCUGUAUACAAUUCAACAUUUAGGAAUCAGCAACAGAUCAACUGGAAAAACAUACUAAUGUCUUAAUGGGAUUUGGCAGAUGUGAAUGUACACGGCAAUCAGCAAUGUACUGCGUAUAUUGAAGAUCCAGAUUUGAACGGUGUUUGAUUUACUCGAGGUCUUUUGCUAUGAGUGUUAUUCUUAUUCUGUAGUGCAACUGCCUUGAAAAUCCUUAUCUUAUUACUCUGAAUGCAGUUAGCAUGGGAUUGGGGAUUUCAUGUAUAAGGUGCAUGUAUUGUUGCCAGAUUGAAGAGAGCCUUAUUGUAAUGCUAAAAUUGCAAGCGGGUGCAAAAACACCAUGAUCACUGCUUGUGUUUAACUAACCCGUUGACCAGUCCCUGAUCAUGCCGCUAGUUUUGCACAUGCUAAAACUUUUGCACAUGCUAAAGGCUCAAAUAAUUUGGAUUUAUGUAUACAGUUAGUGUGUCAUAUGUGGGUUUAGACUGCUGACUUGACUGGCUAGUGAAAGUCUCUGGAAGUUGGAGCAGUGCGGCCAAGUUGUUACGCAAGGAUAAAAAGAUGGGGUUUUACCCAUGUCUUAAAAAAAGAAAAGAAAAAACAGAAAUAAAGUGCAUUCUUUGUAUAUAUAUUUCUAGUGUUAGUUCAAAAGAACAGAUGAUAAGGCAUUCAGAUUGACCUUGGUAACCUGCAUGAAAGAGAUGGCUGCUAAGAAUGUUUCACUUAACAGAGGAGGAGAAGGGAGUCGGGGAAAAUCCACAAUGGUAGAUGGUCUUGCUUCACUGUCACCUUUUGUUUAAGGGAUGCAUGGAACAAGCCAAGGCACCGAUGUGUGGAGCUGCUCCCUUCUCCUUUCAUUUUCUAGGUUGAAAGCACUCCCUUAAUUGUGGCUUCAAGUGUCAAGGAGGUAGUGGCACUUGUAGUUCAACUGUAUGAUUAUUUUCUUUUUUGUUUAAUUUUUUAAAUAAGGGUUUGUCUUGCGCUUAUUUAUCAUCCACUACAACGUAUUAAAAGUUUUUUUUUAAAAGUUAAAUUUGCCAAAGUCGAGAUGUUUGCUGUAUUUCAUUCUUUUUCCCUUUUGUCUUUAAGAUGUUACCACAACUCAUCUUUGUAGAAUUCAUUUGGAAAUCAAGCCUAUGUGCCAUUUUAUCAAGCAAUAAUACGAAGUAUCACAGUUGAAAAAAACAAAAACAACACAACAUAAGAAUAUAAUCCAUGAGAUUAUAAAAAUGUUAAAAUGCUGCAUUGAUGUUCAAUCCCUCAUCCUUUACUGGUGACAGUCGCUAAAAUGUUAUUAGCAUUGGCACAACAUCACCACAGGCAAGCCAAGGCCUAACAAAGUGUGAAUGUAAAUGUUAUGUUUUGUAUAUUCUCAUUAGUUUUAUAUUUCCUUUAAUUCUAAUUACAACGGACAUGUUUACUUGCAUCUUGUAUGCUUCAGUUUUUUUGCUGGAUUUUUAUGUUUUACUGGUAUGAAGCUUGGAAAAAUAAGUGAAAAACCUUUGUGACUGGGUGAUGUCAUGUGCCUCUGAAAGUUGUCUCAAGCUCUGAACCACGAUUGGUCGGUCUCAAAUAUCCACUGUCCCCUGAUUCACCAGGAGUGCAGUCUCCAACAAUCUGUGACAGUAAAAACAUCAACACCACACACCAGUUUUACAAGUGGCGCAAAACGCACACAUGGUUCAUAUUAACAAAGCUUUUAUGAUUUUUCUUGAAAACAAAAACAACCUUUUUAUUAACAUUUUAAUAUGUGUAAAGUUGUAAAGUGUAAUUUACUGUAAAUAGCAUUUGGGAACAUUUUAUGAUCAUUUUGUAACAGAAACUAUAUAAAUAUAAUUAAGAUGUUUACAAAAAUACAAAAUAAAAAAACGACAACAGUACAAGUACAGUACAGUACAACUGAGACACAAUUCAGCUUACAUGUGCCAGUCAGAGCAAAAGCAACUUUCAGAGUCCCAGCAUCCUCUCGGCACUUAUUAUGAGCUUUUAGAAGUUACUACUAGAGACUUAUUAUUGUGAAUUACUGAUAAUUUAUGCGUACAUCCCUGGAAAUAUUUUGGAAAUGCAUGGCACUUAAAUGAUGAUUUCACAAGUUUGCAGAAACACUUUUUCUUUACUUUAGAAAUGCUCAUGUUUACAAUUUCUGGUGUAAGUUGGCAUUAGUUGCCCCAUUUAUGUCAGUGUGGUCACAUUUCAGUCACUGGCUGCCUGUUACUAUAGAAACAAGACCACACAAAGCACAGCAGGGAAAUGAUAUGUGGCCAUACAUGGGGGCGGGGUCAGAAGCCACCUAAUGGGGCGGGGUCUAGUAGGGUCGAGUUUCAGCAUGGUAAAUCUGACCUUGCUUUACCCAUUUGGUCACAGUGAUCACCUGGUUCUUUGAGUCUGAAAUCAUUGUACUGCCUGACGUUCCUUUGGAUUUUUUUUUUUUUUUUUUUUUUUACUGCUUAAACUGCUGUUUAAGUUUCCCCCUUUUCUUUAAUUUCCUCAAUACACAGGAACUUUGUAAAGAUGUAAAGAAAUGUUUUCCUGAUUUAUGAAAGAAAAGGAUGUACAUACUGUAUCAAUUAAAGGAAUGAUUCAUAAAGCUUGUA